AUGACGCGCUGCGCCUCCGCGGGCACCAUGGGCGCCGCGGCCGGCGGCGCCGCCGGCGCGGCGCUGGGCUUCCUCGCAGGCAUCAUCCCAGCACCUUUGACCUGGGGCCUCUCGGUGCCGGUGAACGCCGGCAUCGGCAGCAUUGGGGGGAUGCUGAUGGGCGGCGCUGGCGGGCUCGUCUGUCAGAGCUUGGACGUCCUGGAGAUCGAGGCGGUUCAAGGAAGCGGCACCCACCGAGACCUGGACACGGCACGGACGGCAGCCAGUAGUGCGCCGGGUGUGCUGGUGAAGUUCUCGCCUAUGAAUGACGACUCCCCGCAGGAGUCCUCCAACGAGGUGGCGCUGUACGCCUUGAAGGGUGGGCUGGCACUGGGCUCCGUAGGGGCCAGCUGUGGCUCCGCGCUGGGCGGGGUGGUGGGGGCGGCGGUGGGCUUGCCCCCAGCGCUGCUGACGAUGGGCCUCUCCAUCCCCUUCUGCGCCACCGUGGGCAGUGGGCUGGGGCUGUGCUUGGGCACUGCGGCCGGGGGCAGCGUGGGCCUCCUGGCCGGCGGCCUCCUGGGCCGCCGCAAAGCCACGGACUGCGCUCCCGGAGGCACGCCGAGCUUCUUCCCGCCAAGGAGCUUGGGGCUCCUCAUGCUUGCAGCUGCCGACCCGUGGGAGCCUAUGACUGCGGAGUGCGGCGUCCACAUGCUGCAGACGCAGGCGGGCGCCAAGACCCGGCAGGCCAAGGGCGCGCGGCCCUGGCACUCUCGGAACUUCAUUGGGGCUGGGUGGCACAGGCAUGGGAUGUUCCUGAACCACGAGCUGGUUUCCUCUGUGUUUUUAGGGCUUGGCGCGCCCAUAUCAGACAUCGGGAUGGUCGAGGAGCCCUGCUACGAAGGCACCUGCUGGAACGUUGAGGCCCCGAUCCGGAUGUUUACAGCCAACCUCGGCCGGGAGCUCCUGCAAAAGGAGCGGCAAGCGGCGGCGAGCGGAUCCCGCUCGCUGCGUGUGGCCGGGAUCAUGCGGAAUCCUCUGGACAUGGUGGCGUCUGGGUAUUGCUACCACCACGCCGGCCACGAGUUGUUCGAUCGCGUGAUCGACGUGCCUAAGAUCAUGACAUUGGACCCGGCCAAGGGCACCGCCUUCUUUGCCCAGCAGCAGCUUGAAAUCCGGUCGCUUCCGGAAGCCCGUCGCAGGUCCCGAAGUCAAUUCCCGGCUUCCUGUCUCCCCUUGUGCCCGCCCCUUGUCUCUGCUCCCGCUUUCCCUUCCUCUCCCAAGAAAUGCCAGGCGCCGGGCAAGGGGACUCGGUAUGCAGAGUCUAGUGGGGGGGGGGGGGAUUUGGAGGAUGUGCCGAGGCUCCUCCCCACAGUCCGGCGGAUGUCGGAGGUGCUUCAGCACCCAGCUGACGACGUCCAUGCAGCGCCUUUCGAGAGAUUGACGGAGUCGUCUGAGAGCUUCGACCGGGAGGUGGGCAAGUUGUUGGACUUUUGGUUCGAGGACCUCUCCCCGGAGGAGCGGACCGCUGCGAUGCAGGCCGCCCAGACGGCGGACGGACACCGCACCUCGAUUCGCGAGAGCCGCCGUGGCGACGUUGAGUGUGUGAGGCUGGCGCGGGAGGCCGUGAAGGAGAUGCCGCGGGAGGUCCUGGAAGAGUACUACUCGCAUCAGCGGAAGCUCGGGAGCCUGGGGCUCCUCAUACUUGCAGCUGCAGACCCGUUGGAGCCCAUGGGUACGGAGUGCGGCGUCCACAUGCUGCAGACGCAGGCCUUCGGCAAGCCCGGGGCCAGGCAGCCCAGGGCCCCCUGGGAAGCCCGGAGCUUCAUUGCCGCGGCCUGGCACAAGAGCGGGGUGUGGCUGGCUCUUGAUCUGCUUUCCACGGUGUUCUUCGCCCUGGGCGCGGGCGAGUCGGACAUCGGCUUGAUCGAGGAGCCUAGCUAUUUCGGCUUCCGGGCCCAGAACGUGGCGGCGCCGAUCCGGAGCUUCGUAGACAACCUGGGCUUGGAGCUACUGCAAAAGGAGCGGGCCUCUGCGGCGAAGAAGGCCCGCUCGCUGCGUGUGGCCGCGAUCGUGCGGAACCCUCUAGACAUGGUGGCGUCUGGGUACUGCUACCACCAUGCCGGCAACGAGAAGCUCAACGUCAUGUUCGCUGGCCAGAACGCCCUGCCUGUCCUCAUGACAAUGGACCCGUUCAAUGGCACAGCCUUUUAUGCCAAGCGGCUCCUCCCCCUUGUCCGGAUGAUGUCGGAGGUUUUUGAGCACCAAGCCAAGGAUGUCCUUGCACUUUCUUUCGAGAGAUUGACGGAGUCGUCCGAGAGCUUCGACCAGGAGGUGGGCAAGUUGUUGGACUUUUGGUUCGAGGACCUCCUCGCCCCAGACCAGCGGAGGAUCGCGCUGGAGGCGGCCCAGGGGGCGGAUGAACACCGGAACUCACAGCGCGAGAACGCCCCCGAUCCUGCGGAGAAGAUGACGCAUCAAGACCGGAAUUACGCGGAGGAUCGUCAGAACCACGGCAGCGACCCUGAGUGCAUAAGGAUCGCGCGCGAGGCCUUAAAGGCGAUGCCGCGAGAAGUUCUGGACGAGUACUACUCGCAUCAGCGGAAACUCGGGUACCCCGUGGGCUGA